AUGGGUGUCAUUCAGCUCGAAAAGCGAUACACCGACGUCGAGCCCUACUACUACGAGCCGUGGUGGGAGCGCACGAGCGAGGCUACCCGCAUCGGAAUCUACGUCGCCAUUGUCAUUCUCAUCGCUAUCGCGGCCGGCUGCAUCGCCUGGUGGAUCAUGCUGAACCGCCGUCGAUCAUCGGCACCCUACACCCCCCAGCCUGCGUACACCGGUACGAGGCCGAAUGUGCACGUCUCGCCCUGGAACGAGCAGGGCUACACGACGCUGAACGGCUCAAAAGAGUCGCUCGACGGAUACAACGUCCCCAAGCCGCCGCCCCGGGCGUACUCGUACGCCGAGCCUGACGGUAUCCAGAAGGACGAGAUCCGCGCCGUACUCUACAAGUACGACAAGAACUAA